CAAAAUUGUUUUGUUUGUCGUUUUGUUUUGUGCUGUGGUUUUUUAUUCCUCAAAAUGUUAGAAUUUUUGAAAAUAAACGAUAAAUAUUACGUAGUAGAUAUACGCCAGUUGCUAGAAAAUGGUUCAACAGUGGCGGAUAAUGGAAAAAACCUAAUGAUACAGUGCAAUUUAUUCGAUUUAACUCGGCUCUGGUGCGAAACUAUUUCGGUUGAAAACUUGGUCGAACGUGAAAAGAAAUCCGAUUCCAUCAUCCAGUACACAUCCGACAUAGUGAACGAAACUAUUCUAGCACGGAAGGCGGACGAUUUCAGCAUUAGCGAAGAAUCCCAAUGUGGUGUACUUUCGCUCCGUCUCAAAUACUACGUACAAAGUAUACCGGUCGCAUUUACUUUACGGCUUAAAACGGCCACUAAUGAAGAGCUUGCAGAAAAUAUUCUUCUCCCCACAUGGCGAACGUUACUUAUGCUAUACGAGGAGAAUUGUGCCCUGAAAAACAUCAUAAUCAAAAAGGAUAUUGAGAUCGAGCAAUACAAAGUGGAGGGAGCAGUGCUUAAGAGAAGCCUAGUCGCAACAACCAAAUUCGAUGAGUGCAAAUUUGUGGAAACAUUCCCUCUGUCGAGCUCCGAAGAAGGCUUGAAAAUACGGGAUCUGAUCAAAAACAGAGAUCGGCGGUUAAAUCUGAUGAAGCACUUGAGUAUAAAACCUAGCGAGCCUGUUGAUUUAGAAAGUCCUUCCAAGAUCUCAACCAAAGUGGCCAAAACAGUGCUGACACCAACCCGCAAAAGUCCUGGAGGACGUGCGAAGGGUCUGGAAGCGAUAUUCGCUAAACAAAAGUUACCAAAGUCCGUAUCGGCAUCUUCCCUGUCCCUGAAGCGACUACAAACGAGCCAAUGGGAGGAAAAUGACGACGAUAAAGAUGAUGUACUGAGCAACCAUUUAUCGAGUACUGGUGGAACUAAUUUGAGCAACUCAUCCGUCGGGGUGGCUAAAGUCAGGAAAAUAACUAAAUUAUAGAUGAUUUGUGUAUGUUC